AUGUCAGCUGCCAAUGACACCAACUUCAACUCUGCAGUGUUCCUUCUCACCGGGAUACCUGGGCAGGAAGACGCCUAUCUCUGGAUCUCUAUCCCCUUCUGCUUAAUGUAUGUUAUUUCGAUAGUAGGAAAUUCAGUCAUUCUGUUCAUUAUAAAAACAGAUCCAAGCCUCCAUGAGCCCAUGUACAUUUUCCUUUCCAUGUUGGGCGUCACAGACCUUGGCUUAUCGAUAGUCACAAUACCGACGACACUGGGCAUAUUCUGGUUUAAUUCUAGGGAGAUCAGCCUCGAUGCCUGUUUUGCCCAGCUGUUCUUCAUCCACUCACUUCAAUGCAUUGAAUCCUCCAUGCUCUUGUUGAUGGCCUUUGACCGUUUUCUUGCAAUCCAUGACCCACUGAGAUAUGCCUCCAUCUUAACCUUGCCGAGAAUAGCCAAGAUGGGACUGGUGUGUGUGCUAAGAGGGGUGGCCAUAAUACUCCCACUCCCCCUUCUCCUGAAACGGUUCAGAUACUGUCGAGCCAAUGUCCUGUCCCAUUCCUACUGCGUGCACCAGGACGUCAUGAAGAUGGCUUGUUCAGAUACCUCAAUCAACAGUAUCUAUGGCUUGUUUACUACACUCUUAACGGUGGGGUUGGACUCACUGGUCAUAUUCCUCUCUUAUGUGAUGAUCCUCAAAACAGUGCUGAGCAUCGCAUCCACUGCGGAGUAUGUCAGGGCCCUGAACACCUGCGUCUCCCACCUCUGUGCAGUCGUGCUCUUCUACACGCCAAUGAUCGGCCUGUCUGUGAUACAUAGAUUUGGGAAGGGCUCUCCUCCCUUGCUUCAGAUUCUCCUGGGCUACAUCUACUUGCUGGUUCCACCCCUGAUGAACCCGAUUGUGUACAGUGUGAAAAGCAAACACCUUCGUGCAAGGAUAAUCAGAGUGUUCAUCAAGUGA